UCAACCCCAGGGGCAGCCGAUUGGGAUGAGUAGUUCAUCAGAGUGGAUGCUGUGGUUUCGCCAACCACUGCGAUGAAACUUAUCACGAUUGCAGCGUUUUCUUUGCUUUAUUUCUACGCGUUUGUACGAGCAGACGACGACGCGAGACUACCGAAUAAAUGUGAAGUGUGCAAGUUUCUCACCGUGGAGCUUCAGGAAGCCCUGCGGAGAAGCGGCCUCUCCAAAGAAGUGCUGGAGGUGGGAGAAGUGCUGGACACCGGCAGGAGAAGAAAAACUAUCAAGUACAACACUUCGGAGACCCGUCUGAUGGAGGCCAUGGACAACAUAUGCGAGCGCAUCCUGCAGUAUAGCGUUCACGCGGAACGGCCAGGCAGCCUGCGUUACUCGAAGGGUUCCAGCCAGACCAUGACCACGCUGAAGAACCUGGUCCACAAAGGUGUCAAAGUGGAUUUGGGCCUGCCGUACGAAUUGUGGGACGAGCCCUCCGUCGAGGUGACAGACAUGAAGAAACAGUGCGAGACCAUGUUAGAGCAGUACGAGGAAGUGGUGGAGGUCUGGUACUUCCACCAUCAGGACCAGAAGCUGGAGGACUUUCUGUGCGAGAGGCAUGUUCUCGGAGCGGCCGAGAGAGAAUGUCUCAAUGAGGUGUGGAAGGGAGACCCCGCAAGCAGCAGAGGCGCCGAGGAGAACAGCGCAAAGACGAGACUUGCUGAUGAACUGUGACCAGCAGAAUAGCGGAGUGACGUUGAAAUGGCACAUCAUCGUAUAUUUUGUGCUGGCUCCGCCCCUUGGUGCACUUAUGACAUGCUCCCUCAACUAU